GACUACAUACAGUAAUAAAGAGAACACUACAGUAAGAUGUUGUUUUGCUCUGUACACUAAGGAGCAUGUGACCGGUCCAGCGAGUUGCAAAUCAUGUGAUAGCUGAGCAGGCCUGGCUCAGACAAGAAGCUGAGAGGCGUGGGAGGGAAGCGCACAGAAAUCUGCCACACACAGACUCGGCUGAAUAGGCAGCAGAAGCCACCAGAUCUUUCUACACAAAGCUCGACUGCCAGGCCAGCAGGAAACAUGGACUGUGGCGUGAUCACCUCCAAGACAGUGCUGCUGCUGCUCAGCCUCAUCUUUUGGGCUGCAGCAGCUGGUCUUGGCUACGUUGGGGGAUAUGUUAUUAACACCUACAAGAAUUAUGACAGCUUCGUGCAGGACAAGUACACCAUGCUGCCAGCAGUGAUCAUCAUUUGUGUUGCUGUAGUGAUGUUUAUCAUUGGGCUGAUCGGCUGCUGUGCCACUAUCCGGGAGUCACGUGUUGGGCUGGGACUUUUCCUGGUCAUUAUCCUGAUUAUCUUUAUUGCAGAAGUGACAGCUUUUGUUAUGGGAUUCAUUUACAGAGAAAAGGUAAAAACAGAUGUGCAAGGCACAAUGCAUACAGUCUUCCAGAAAUAUGACGGGAAAAGUCCGGAGUCUGGUGUUGUGGAUUACUUGCAAGAACAGCUUCGAUGUUGUGGAGUAACUAACUAUACCGACUGGACAGCCACCCAGUGGUUUAAUACCACUGGCAAUAACAGUGUUCCUCUGAGCUGCUGCAAACAAGACAUUAAGAACUGCACAGGACAUCUGAAUGAGCCACAGGAUCUCAAUACAAAGGGCUGUGCGGAGAAAGUGGAAAAUGGGCUACAGGCUGUAUUGAGCUAUGCUAUGCUUGUGAUCCUAGGAUUUGCCAUCAUAAAGUUCUUUGGAAUGCUGAGUGUCUGUGUGCUCACAUGCAAGAGGGAAGACAAUGGCUACCAACCCCUGUACUCAGGGGUAUUUGCUUGAUAAGACGAUGGAAAGAUAAUUUUUCAUCUGCUUCUUCGUGAUAAAACGGAUUUGUAUAGAUGCCCCAAAUGGACAAUGUAUUACCCCUUUGUUAAAUACUGUAUUUUAUUUACUUGAGCAGAAAGAACACUGUUAAGAUUUGGAAAGGUUUUAAGUGUAUCCUGUGAAAUGACAGCUUCAGUGUGCAGUGUCCCUUGGUAACAACCUGAUUUCAUGUACCUUAACUUUCUUUAGGGCUGUUUCACACUCACAUGUGUGACAUUCCCUAAAACGACAGCAGAUGGUGUGAUAGACUCCAAAAAGAAACCCUACUUCUUGCAAGUUUUGCAUUUGUCAGACCUAUUUGUAACCUGAAACUCAUAGAAGACAUUGUUUUUAAUCAAUUAAACUGAUAAUGCAGCCAUGGUGCAUUCUAGACUCUCUUCAAUAUUUCCAACAAGAAAUCAGUCCCAUGACAAAUGUUCAAGCAGCAAAAGAAAUCUGUAAACAGAAGGUUUGAAUAUUCCUGUUUAUAAGCAUUAUUAUUCAAGGGUACAUUUCACUGUUGCUGACAUGUUUUUUUCUCUCCAAUUUGUAACUGCUGUAAUUCAGUUUGCUUUAAAGACGAGCAUGAAUCAUAUCCUCAGACCAAGACACCCCUGAACUUUGGGCAAAUUUAAAAUCCAGAUCUGAGGUUUGCAGCUGUCUCUUUUGUCUACCAAUGGGAUGAAUCGACCCCUCAGAUCUGAGUAUCUCCAAACUCUGGGGAAGUCUGAAUUAGAAGUUUAUCACUUUGGCCAAUCUCUGGUUCUUUUAAUUUAAAAUCAAGAAUUUCUGAGGCAAGGCACUUAAUUUUUCCCAUUUUGAUACCAAGUUCUAAAAUGUUAUCUGUACUGAUGUUUUUAUAUUUGUCUCUCUUACAAUUAAUUUUGAAGUCAGUGGGACUAUUUACAUGAAGGCUGCAGGAUUGGUCCCACUGGAAAUAUGAGGUUUGGGGAUUUGUUAGAGUUCUCAUUUAAAGUGGUGGCCUAAUGGAAGUGGCUGCACAGAGGAUUUCUUACUGUUAGAUUACACGUUUUCUUCACGCUUCUCUGGGUGACUGAACAAUUUCAAGAACCUAUUACAUUAUGGCAAACAAUGCUGUAUAGUACUCUUUUUGAGUCAUUAGGAUUUUUUGUUGUUUUGUUUUUUUGAAGGUCUGCUGAAUGUGAUCACCUUUUGGGUCACAUAGAGCAACAAAAAUCCCUCUUAACAGCUUUAAAUGUCAACCUUGAAAUUAUUCCGUUCCUUGUGUUUCUUUUCUUUUUAAACCAGGGUGAGGGAUUAGUCUGGCUGAUACAGACUGUUAGAAAAGAAACAGCAGAAAUCCUCUUGAGACAGGCAAACAUUUGCUAUAGGAAUAGAAUAGUGUGUGUUUCUCUAAAGCUAUCUUAAAAAGGAGUAUGGGCUGAAUGUGAGCUUUUAGUCUGUUAUCUUUUUCUCAAGAGAUGGAAAGAGGAACUGCUGACUUAAGUUUAUUCCUCUGUAGAUGUGUGUGUUAGGAAUGGUUCUUGUUUUUUUUAUUUAAGCAUUUGGGUAUUGUGUGCUU